AUGACACUUGUGGCAUGUCCUGGAGAUGUCAGCAGUGAAGUGGCAGCCACCAGGGAGUGGUCCUUUGGAGUUGGGCAGGGAGGGCAAUAUUGGGUAGUGGGAACGGGGCGGGGCGUGACCCGGAAGUCGACGGGGGGUUCCGCCCCCGCGCAUGGGGAGGCAGGCUCGGACCGGCCCGCGGAGCUGCAGCCGCCCUUCGCACCCUCUUCGCCCUCCCCACCGACAUCAUGCUUCAGUUCCUGCUUGGAUUUACAUUGGGCAACGUGGUUGGAAUGUAUCUGGCUCAGAACUAUGAUAUACCAAACCUGGCUAAAAAACUUGAAGAUAUUAAAAAGGACUUGGAUGCCAAGAAGAAACCUCCUAGUUCAUGAGGCUGCCUCCAGCACUGCCUUCGGGAUACACUGAUGCUACUGCUCUUGAGGGCCUCCUUUACCAUCUGAACCAAAAGCCUUUGUUUUCAUCUUCAGCCUCAGUGCUCCCCUUCUUUGCUAGACCCUGUGUUUUUUGCAAGCAAAAUGGGGCCCCAAUUUGAGAACUACCCUACAUUUCCAACAUACUCACCUCUUCCCGUAUUCACUUUCCAACUUCACGGGAGGUCCUAAGACUGGAAUUAUGGUGCUAGAUUAGUAAACAUGACAUUUAAUGAGUAGUGUCUUCUUUAUUGUUUGCAAUUUUUACUACCUUUUGUCAAGAGAAAAACUGAUGAGCUUUGUGUAGCUGGUCAGAUACAAAUAAUAGUGACUUCACAGUUUAGCAGUUAUAUAAUGAGUACUUGUUAAACAUUUGAUACUAAAUUAUGUAGCUACAAAGUAAUUAAAAUUAAUAUCUUAGAGCUAGUUUCUCGUGAAUUAUUCAUUUAUUUUGUACUGCUAGGCAGCUCCAUAGUUGCUAAUUUAACCAAUAAAUGAAUUUACUAUUCAUUAAAAAACAAUUCUGAGAAUCCUGUCAGAAAUUGGGGAAUGAAAAAAUACGCAAAAUAAUGGUCUUUGUCCCAGUAGAGUUCAGUCUGUUUAGUGUGCAUGUUUUUCCUUAAUGAUGAUCUGACUUUUUUCCUUCUCAAAAGGAUCAUACUUGGGAUUACGGGUAUAUUUGAUACUAUAUGAUGGAUAAGUGAAAAGUUAUUAAAGGCAAUUUUAUACCUUUUCACAUUAAAAAAGGUAUUUAUAUUAUUACUUUGUAGUGAUUCUCUUAAGAAAAAAUGUAGCCCAAAUGUAUAGUAAAAUCAGCAGCUCAAGAAUUUCUGCUUCUCAUCAUAAUUGAUGCUUUGUUUUUUCCUGCAAUCAGAAUUUCCCUGUAUUUGUCAAAUGUAUAAUCAGCUCUUAUAUUUUUUAAAUUAAAAAAAUUUUAAAUAAUCAAUUUUUCCCAUGGGACAAGAUACAAAAGUAAUUUCAUAUAAAGGACCUCUCCCACCCCU